CAAACACACACCUGGAAGUAAAGAGCAAACCAUACAACGGGAGAGGAAUGGAGGACAAAUGGGCUGCAGGGAAACGGAGUUAGGCUCAAAAAGGAAGGAAGGAGUGAACGACAGACAACGACAAGAGAGGAGGGGAGAAGCUGGAGGGGCAAGACAUAUCCAGCCCAGCCUUUCCAUCAGUGUCACUUGUUUUCAGAAGCAGCUGAGAAACACCCAGGCAAAGAAGAGCGCAACAUGGUUCGAUGGUUCCACAGGGACAUCACGGGCGUGGAGGCUGAGGAGAUUCUGAAGAAUCGGGGCAUUCACGGCAGCUUCUUGGCCCGGCCCAGCAAGAAGAAUGUGGGAGACUUCUCUCUGUCCGUCAGGGUGGGAGAAAUGGUGACCCACAUCCGCAUCCAGAACACAGGCGACUACUACGACCUGUAUGGAGGGGAGAAGUUCGCCACGCUGUCUGAACUGGUGGAGUACUACACGGCCGAGAGCGGCGUCCUGGAGGAUAAGGACGGCACCAUCAUUGAACUCAGAUAUCCCCUCAACUGUUCUGACCCCACCACAGAGAGGUGGUACCACGGCCAUCUCUCCGGGCCCAACGCGGAGAAACUGCUGAGGGAGCGGGACGAGCCAGGCCUCUUCCUGGUGCGGGAGUCUCUGUCCAAACCUGGAGACUUCGUUCUGUCCGCUCUGACGGAGGAGAGGAACAGGAUGGGAGAAAGGAGGGUCUCCCACAUCAAGAUCAUGUGCCAGAAUGACAGGUACACUGUGGGCGGGACAGAGUUGUUUGACUCGCUGACAGAAUUGGUGGAAUACUACAAGCGCAAAGGCAUCGAGGAGAUCUCUGGAAACUGGGUGCACCUCAAACAGGUGAACUAGACCUUCAUGCAUAUGGAUGAAGGUGUCAUA